AACGGACCCUUUUGUGUUUGAGUCUGGCUUUGGGAUGUGUUGCGCGCCAAGGUCCGGCACGGUUUGGCCCCGGAGGCUUUGCCAGGAAAGGGAAGACGCUGGGAACGCAGAGGUGAAGGCGGAGAGUCAGCGCAGAUGAAUCCGCCAACUGUUCUCCGCAGGGGCAGAAAGGCAUGGGAACCAGGGAGAAGAAGACCGGGAGGGAUAGUUUCCCAAGUCCCGGCAGUCUCAGUCCGGAGGAAAAAGAAGACGAGGAAGGAUGAGGCCUCCUGCAGCAGCAGCCACCGUCCUGCUCUUCUUCUUGCGGAUCUUCCCGGCGAUGGGGACGGCUCCAGAAACGGUCCGCUUUGAAGGCGUCUUGCAGAGAGAAAUGACCGAAUUCUCUUCUGAAAGCGAGGAAAGCCCACUGGCACAAACAGGGGCUGCCGGCCAAUCCGAGCGCAUUGUGGGGGGAUACGUAGUGCCGCCGCGCUCGGCCAAGUACCUGGUGUCACUCAAGAGGAAGACGGGCUCCCACUUCUGCGGGGGGGCCCUGAUCAGCCGCAGCUGGGUCCUCACCGCCGCCCACUGCAAGACCAGUGCCCACCAGAUGCUGAUUGUGGCCGGGGAAUACUCCCUCUCCGCCUUCGAAGGCACCGAGCAGGUCUUCCGCCCGGCCCGCCUGCUGGCCCACCCGGACUACAACCCCGUCUCCAAGAACGCAGACAUCAUGCUCAUCAAGCUGAGCCGUCCCCUGUCCUACAGCCCGUACGUGGCGGUGGUGCCGCUCCUGCCGCGGGGCUCCCCGGGGGUGCGCGAGGGGCGGCUGUGCCAGGUGUGGGGCUGGGGGCACACCUCGGCCGUGGGCGGGCGCCCCUCCGACACCCUGCGCGGGGUCUCCCUGCCCCUCCUGCCCCCCGCCAAGUGCAACGCCUCCUACGCCGGGGCCAUCACCCGGGACAUGCUCUGCGCCGGGUUCCGCGCCGGAGGGAAGGACGCCUGCCAGGGCGACUCGGGGGGCCCGCUGGUGUGCGAGGGGCGCGUGCUGGGCAUCGUCUCCUGGGGCCACAGCUGCGCCACGCCACGCUUCCCGGGGGUCUACACCGCCGUGGCUGGAUUCCAGAAGUGGAUCUACAAGGCCCUGACCGAGAAAUGAGCGCAAAUAAAAGGUUUCCCUCCUGGGUCA